AUGGGAAACUUCAUAUCUUUGCGCCUGCAUGCAGCAGCUCUUAAAGCAUUUAAUUUGAAUUUAAAAAAGAUUUGGAAAGGCCAGAAGUCUCUGCGUGCUCUAAAGGAAAAAGGAGAAAGGGGACAAGUUGCAGAGUCUGCUGCUUCGUCUCUGAGCUACGCCAUUCAAAUAGAAAGUGAGCUCCUAAACCCUAAACCCUAA